UGCCUUUUCUUAUGUAUUGCAGUUAAAGUGUUUUCAAAUCAUGUAAAUUUGGCUUAUGAACAAUUUACAAACAUGUCUGGUGUGUGGCCAUCCAGCGAUACUCAUUUAGCGGUAAAUGGAGAAUUCGAUCCCAGAUACCUGGAUCAUAAAAGAAGUAGUCAUACUUUGGAGACAAAUCGACCGUGGUAUUUGAUUCAAUUAGACAAAUCCUAUAUUAUUAAGACCAUAAGAAUUCUGAAUAGAAGAAACUAUUCUGCAAAUAUGAAAAAUUUGAUUAUAGGUACUCGACUGUUAAAGGAGACGUCAAUAAAAGAUUUUAGUGCCUAUAAGCAAUUCCUGGUAAGGUUUCAGCCUCUAGAUCUGAAACAAUGCACUACAAUGGUAGACCUCAUUUUGCAACUUCAGUUAUAAUAUACAGAGAUGAACAUGGAAUUCUAGCUUUAUGUCAAAUUGAAAUGUGGAGUUUAGAUAAUAUUAGUAAAAAUAAGAUGACAUCAAUAAGUAGUACACCUAAUGAUAAUUCAAAAAGCUCGUAUGCUGUUGAUAGCCAAACCUGUUCAGUGUAUGGUCAAAAUGGCAUUUAUUGUUCUCAUACAGCGAGGGAGAAGACACCGUGGUGGAAAGUUGAUUUAGAGAAAACCAGUGUUGUGUUUGCUGUGACAAUCAUUACGAGAGGAUAUAUCAACAGUGAUAGAUCAAGGAAUCUUCGUAUUGCCGUUGCUAAUGAUGACAGUGUUCCUACACCGCAAACACUGUCCAAAAUCAACAGUUGGUCGUUAUUUAUCGACUACUGUCAUUUCCAAUCCUCAAAAUGACCCAUUAAUCUUAUGCGAAGUAGACGUUUUUGGUUAUAAUUUGGACAGGAACCUAGUUACGAAUAUCAUAUUUCAUAACGAAACUGAUUACUAUCACAAUACAAAUGAACCUAUUGAAGAUUGCAGUGAACAUAGAAAAUACAAUGCAGAUAUAUCAAAAUUUCAUAAGUCGUCAUUUCAGCUGAUAAUAAAAGGCGUAAGCAUUGUAAAGGCUUGUAAAGAAGGAAAUUUUGAUUUAGUAUCAAUUUUCACAAAGACAAAAGGAGAAUUUAUAAAUGAAUGUAAACUUUUGAGUGUCGUUGAUGGCUAUUUUACGGAAAGAGUUUGAUACAUGUACUUUUUUCUGUGACUGCCGUGUUUAUAAUUGUAAAUCAUUCUCCAUUUCUUAUUCAUUAACCAUAGAAACAUUGUAUAAAGAAAUUUUUAUCUUUUUUAAAUAUUGACCUACAACACAGCUGCUAUGUUACACUUUAGGGUGAAUUAACUCUUUUGCUCUCUCUCUCUCUCUCUGUCUCUCUCUUUCAAAUACAAAAACUUCAGGAAAGAAAUGAUCAUU